AUGCUUACCAAAGACUGCCUUCCUCUGUUUGACCUUGCUGAAAUGCAGAACCCUACGACAAUCUCAAAUCUAAGACUUGCUCUUCUCAAGUACGGCGCUUUUGUCUUACGGGCCCCCGAGCUCAAUAAGGCUUUCGCUCAAGGGAUAUUGCAUACUGCCCAGACCUUUUUCCAGCUUCCAAAGGAAACAAAACACUCAACCAAGGGAUACUCAGCAUUUGGCACGGAGCUUAUUCGUGGCGAGAAGCCAAUACCUAAAGAAAGUAUAUAUUUUCUUGGGAAUAAGGAGCAGGAAAAUCGGAUCCCUCCUCCUUCAGAUCUUUAUCUCAGCAUCAGAGCAUUGCACAAUGAGUGGAGACUUUUGCGUGGCGAGCUUUUCCACGUGUUAUCUCAUGACAUCCUCAACUCCGAUAUACUUUUGACCGGAACGCCCAUACUUGACCAUGAGUCAAUAGGUCUACACUACUAUGAUCCUCGAAAACUGUCGUUAGAGGAAACCGAUUACAAUCCUCCGCAUAUGGAUGUCGGCACCCUAACGAUAUUACUUCGGUGCCCUGGAGACCAUGAUGGCUUAGCAGUGGCCGACCUAGAUUCUACCGAUAAGCGUGGCAGUGAAGGUGUAGGUCAAGAGGCGUCUUUUUUGCGUGUGCCUGCCGCUAUGGAUGAAGUCGUUGUAUUUGCUGGAACUCGAAUGCAACGUCUCUUUGGAAGAAGUAAGGUCCGCGCCUGCGUGCAUCGGGUUUUCGGUCCUUCCCAAGCAGAUAAACACCCGAGACUAAGUCUCGGAAUUUCUUGCGCUGCUCCUGCAAUUUGA